GCAAGCUAGUAAUCCUAUUGGCUAUUGGCUAUUGACCAAUAGAAAAGUGCGUUCACAGAGCCGAAUGUUGAUGGGACAGGUGUCAAUAAUAAACAUCAUCAUUCUGUAAUAGCUUAUAGAACAACGAACAAGUUCAUCAUCUACUCCAAACAAGCAAUAAUUGGCUUUUAUUAAGUAUAUAUCAAGCUCAUUAUCAGAAUGACCGAUUUGAUCAUGACUGCUCAUGCUUCAUCGAAUAGGGUUUCUUCCAAACGCCCUCGUCGUCGACGUCCGACCGUCUUCACAGACUUACAGCUGAGGAUUCUGGAGACCGUGUUCAACGACAACCAGUAUCCUGAUAUCACGACUAGAGAACAUCUGGCUUCAAGUCUGCAGCUUAAAGAAGACAGAAUUAUGGUCUGGUUUCAGAACCGUCGUGCACGUGUCCGUCGAGCCUCUCUUGUUUCAUGCUCUGCUCACCAACCAGCCAUUAAGAAAGACGUCUACAACCCUCGCCUUCAACCAUCUAAUGAAGUCGACUUGUCUGCCGUAAGCCGUAAACGGAAGACACCAUGCGACGCCGAUGAGGUCAACCAGACGACACCACCUACAAAGAAGUUGGGCGUCGUGUCAUCCAAGUUCUCCGUCGACUUUCUCGCUAAAAGCAGUCGAUCGACGUCAGAGUCAACGACCGUUUCAUCGGACCCACAUCUUCAAUGUCAUGGCGUCACUCAGCUCCACUGAACGACAUCACGUGACUCAACGAAAGGCGCCACCAGUCCACUGAUGUCAGUAGACUUUCUCUCUCGUAGCAGUCGCUCUCCUUCUCCCUCUAGCGCUGAGUAUCUUCACCGAACACCGUCUUCUU